CCGAGGGGCGGUGCCUGCGCCUGAGCCUCUAGGAGAGGGAAGGAGCCUGGCUCCGGGCUCCGCGUUGGGACGGGUAGGCCUGCUCCGCCGUACGCCCCAGAGGCAGAGCCGGAAGCGCUACAGUUUGAUCCGCGAGUCCAUCGGUUUUCGAAGGGGUAGCCCUCUUCCUUCAACCCUCUCCGCUUCCCCUGUGCCCCCUCAUCCGGAGGCCGAAGCGCCCAGCCUGGGCGGGGCGGCGCAGCCCGAGCUCGGACCCGGAAGAAGCGCCCUCUCCCGCCUCCGCCAUGGAGCCCGCCGCGCCGUCCCUCACCGAGGAGGACCUGACUGAAGUGAAGAAGGACGCUUUGGAAAAUUUGCGUGUAUACCUGUGUGAGAAAAUCAUAGCUGAGAGACAUUUUGAUCAUCUACGGGCAAAAAAAAUACUCAGUAGAGAAGACACUGAAGAAAUUUCUUGCCGAACAUCAAGUAGGAAGAGAGCUGGAAAAUUGUUAGAUUACUUACAAGAAAACCCUAAAGGACUAGAUACCCUGGUUGAAUCUAUUCGGCGAGAAAAAACACAGAACUUCCUGAUACAGAAGAUUACAGAUGAAGUACUGAAACUUAGAAACAUAAAACUAGAACAUCUGAAAGGACUGAAAUGUAGCAGCUGUGAGCCUUUUCCAGAUGGAGCCACAAACAGCCGCUCUAGAUCAAAUUCAGAUGAGAGUACUUUCUCUGAAAAACUGAGAGCAUCCACUGUCAUGUAUCAUCCGGAAGGAGAGUCCAGCACAACCCCCUUUUUUUCUACUGAUUCUUCUCUGAAUUUGCCUGUUCUAGAAGUAGGCAGAACUGAAAAUCCCUCUUUCUCUUCAACUACGCUUCCUAGACCUGGGGACCCUGGGGCUCCUCCUUUGCCACCAGAGCUGCAGUUAGAAGAAGAAGGAACUUGUGGAAACUCUAGUGAGAUGUUUCUGCCCUUAAGAUCACGUGCUCUUUUGAGGCAAUGACACUUUACUGGCUUUUAAUGUUUUUAACAAGGACAAAAAAUAUUUGAAUCAUCUUACAAGGUUGCUAUAAUGACUUAUUAACAUUUGAUGCACAUCUUUUAUACACAUCUUUUAAAAAACACAAUGUAAACAUAGUUUGUAAAUAGAAAUUUUUAGAAUAAAAGAAGCAUGCUUUUAGAUAGCUGAAGUCAGUCAUGUUGAUCAUGUACCUGGCAGUGUUUUCUAGUUUUUUUCAUUUCUGAGGUAAUUUAGUGUUUUCACUUUUUUAUGCCUUAAGACUAAUUUUAAUAGAGACCAUUUCUCUAUUUGAGAAUAGAGUCUUAGGCUGGGAGUAAAGUUUCUUCUCUGUGUAUUUGUCCUAAUAAGUUUCACAGUCUAAUAGUCCUUUCCAACCACUCAGCAAUAAAUUUUCAGCAUUAAGCUGUUCCUCUUUGCUAAUGAAGCCAGUCACUGCUAGGGCAACUGCCAGCGUACCGAAAAGAAUCUUUUUCCCACUCAGUUGGGCUUACAGAGUCCCCUUCUGAUUCAGAGGAACGUCUGAUGGAAUUUGAGCCACCUAAAGUAUCAAUGUGCCAAAAUACAUUUCUUAUUAAUUUUGCUAAUUAAUACUACUUUCUUAAGAUUUUCACAUUCUUUGCUUUAUCAUUCUCAUUCCUAAAGAAAAAUCUUGACAAAAACUUCAGUUAUUAUGUAUAAUUUGAUGAGAUUAAAAAAAAACUUUCUCUGUACUUUUCUUCAUUCUCUUUUAAUGAGGACCACUGGACAACUAAACUAACUAGAACACAAUGUUUUGUGUGUGUGCGUAUGUGACAGCUCUGUUUGGAAUUCUGUUUGGAACAAGCAGGCCAUUAGCUAGAUUUGUCUUUUUGUUCCAUGACAAAGUUUGACUAAUUUUACACAUUUAUAAAUUUUCUGCUUUCAUUGUUUUCAUUGAAUUAUAAUUUCCUGAUAUCUGUCUCGUAUAUAUUUCCAUUACUUGCAAAAAGCAGAGAUGGAAAUAUGCUAUUAAAAAUAAAUUGUUUUUAAAUUGUA